GUGUGUGUGUGUGUGUGUGUGUGUGCGUGUGUGUGUGUGGGUUUCUGGAUGGUUCAGCAGUGAGUAUCCAGCUGCUGAGUAGAGUGCAGCUCUCGGUGCAGCGGACCGCCCCCCCCCCUCGCUCCAGCUGCCUCUGAGGAGAAGGAGUCUCGGUGAACAUGGAGGGACCGCGCGGCUCUCUGUCUCUGCGGGGAGUUCUAUCUCUCUGCCUGCUCACUGGGCUGCUGCAGCCCGGGACUCUGGGCAUGCCCCCUUUAUACCCCAUGAGUCAGCUCUGUAAGUUCUGUGAUCUGGAGCUCUCCUCCUGUAGUGGUUCUGGGACAUGCAUGUCAAACUGCUCCAUCACAUCCACCUGUGACGACAACAACGAGGUCUGUGUAUCUAUCUGGAGGAAGAAUGAGACAGGCUUCUCCAUCGAAACUCUGUGUCAUGACCCGUCCAAGCCCCUCUAUGGUGUUAUGCUGGACGACUAUAACAGCUCCACCUGUGUGAUGAAGGAGAAGAACACAACGAGCGGGAGGGCCCACUUCUGCUCCUGUACUGACGAGGACGAGUGCAAUGACAAGCUCUCCUUCUCUCCCAUUUUGGAUCCAACCCCAGACGAUCCCCUGGUGACAGUUCUUCUGGUGAGCCUGAUGCCUCUGCUGGUGAUGGGGAUUGUGGUUGUGGGAAUGUUCCACUGGUACCGAGCCUAUCAGCAGCGCAGCACCAGAGAAUGGGAGAGCAACAUUAAGAAGCGCAAGACUAAAGCUGCUGGGCUGGACUGUGACGCCUGCGCCAUCAUGAUGGAUGAUGACGGAUCGGACAGCAGCUCGACGCACGCCAACAACCUCAACCACAACACCGAGCCGCUGCCUAUAGAGCUGGAUGUGCUGGUGGGAAAGGGUCGCUUCGCCCAGGUGUACAAGGCCAAGCUGAAGCAGAGCACCUCAGAUCAGUUUGAAACAGUGGCUGUGAAGAUCUUCCCCUACGAGGAAUACGCCUCCUGGAAGAACGAGAAGGACAUCUUCUCCAAUACAGACCUGCGACACGAAAACGUCCUCCACUUCCUGACAGCUGAGGAGAGGAAGGUGGAGAAACAGUACUGGCUCAUCACGGCUUUCCACCACAGAGGAAAUCUGCAGGAACACCUGACACGUCAUGUGAUCAGCUGGGAGGAGCUGCAGGUGCUGGGCAUGUCUCUGGCCCAGGGGGUUGCCCACCUGCACAGUGACCGGCUGCUCUGUGGACGGCCUAAGGUGCCCAUAGUUCAUCGAGACCUGAAGAGCUCCAACAUCCUGGUGAAGAACGACCUGACGCUGUGCCUGAGUGACUUCGGGCUGGCGCUCCGUUUGGACAGCUUCCUGUCUGUGGAUGAUCUCGCCAACAGUGGACAGGUGGGCACAGCACGCUACAUGGCCCCGGAGGUGCUGGAGGCCCGACUGAAUCUGGAGAACAUGGAGUCCUUCAAACAGACGGACAUUUACUCCAUGGCCCUGGUGCUUUGGGAGAUGAUUUCGAGGUGUGAAGCUGUCGGAGAGGUGAAGGACUACGAGCCUGCGUAUGGCUCCAAAGUGCGAGAGCACCCCUGUGUGGAGAGCAUGAAGGACAGUGUGCUGAGAGACAGAGGCAGACCGGAGAUCCCCGAUAGCUGGCUGCAGCAUCAGGGCAUUGCAGCGAUCUGUGCCACCAUCAUGGAGUGCUGGGACCACGACCCCGAGGCCCGGCUCACCGCCCACUGCGUCGCUGAACGCAUCUCUGAGCUGGAGGAGGAGAUGGAGAAGCUGUCCAGCCGCAGUUCCUCGGCAGAAAAGAUCCCCGCGGAGCUGAAGAUCCCCACGGACUUGGAGAUCCCGGGGGAGGAGGUGAAAAUCACCGGAAUUCAGGACGUCAUAGCUGUGGAAUGCUCUGUGAGUGACGAAAAGUGACAGGAGGCGGGACUUCUCUAUGUACUUUCAUCAAAGGCACUUCUUCUGCUUUGAUGGGACUGAAGAUUGUCAGCAGUGAUGUUAGGGAGCAGGAAUCCUGCGUCCCACUAUCUCUUUCUAUCCCAGCAAAGAGAGACGGCUUUUGGACUUCUGAAAUAUAACAGAUUGCCUUAAUUAGCUGAAGAGCUAAAGAGCCAAGAAUCUAAAGAUAACUGGAAGCUUCCAAAGAGUCAGGCUCACUCUUUGAGGAACAAACAGGGCAGUAACUAUGCAACCAAAGACAUUUAAUGUGCACUUUAACAUUGUUUUUCUUAUGCAUUAUACAUGCUUGUUCAUGUAUGCUAACGUGCUAGCGGAAGUUUUUGUGCCUUUGUUUGUCCGAUUUUGAGCCGGAGUGUCUAAUGAUGCCGUGCUCCAUCUUCACCAGCAGGAAACCAAAGAAGUGUGUGUGUGGAAGGAGAGUGUGUUUGAGCUUUUGUGUGUUUUUACCCAGCUAAACCUGUUUGCCAGAUAAACAAGCACAAUGUACAUAGAGACCAUGACUGUACAUAAGAGGAAUAUCAACCCAAAGGGAAUGUUAAUCCUUCUACUAAUCUUUGAAUGCAGAUAAUCAAAGACGCCACAGAUUUCAUUUCUUAUUUUAAAGGAAAGUGUGCCAAACUGAUUUUAUACCCUGCCUUACAUACAGUUUGUCAUUUGUAAAAUAUUGUAAACCUUUUAUGAAUUAAAGAAAUGUCUGUAUACUGACA